CCGCUAUUUUCCGUCCCGGUUUCUCUAGUUCUCAAGUAGUCCUGCCCGCUUCGUGCUGAGCUGGAAAAUGGCAGUUCGGCAAGUUGAAAAGAUUCGUGCGGAAUGAAAAGGAAAAAGAAAUCAGUCCUGCAUUCUGCUGAGGGAGUUAAAACCCUAAAUCCGGCCGAGUGUUAGGAUCGUACAUUUAUUCACAUACGCGAAAGAAAACAAUCGAAGCUUUCGCAACGACUUUCCACGGUCAUCACGUUACAUUCAGAGGAUCACAUCUUGAGAGGGAAUGUUGAGCAACCUGCUAUAAGACGACAUCAGCUGAUUUGGCUAAAUAAAUCUGUGAAGGACUUAAUUCUUUAUUUCUUUUCCGGUGCUUGAAUGAGCAUGCUGCAUUCCCUCUGUUCCAUCAUUUGGUUGAACCGUGGGUUCAAGCUGAGAAAAGUGGCCUGUUCGGCCAACACCGGCCAGGUCUAAGCCGUUGCUACCGCGCAUGCCUGUUUAUGAGCUUUGGUCAGAAGUGCUUAGCUUUUAACUAAACGUCCCACGGUACGACGUCAUUCGCACCCUCACAAAGUUUCAUCCCCAGUCCGACGUUCUUCAGCCUGUUGUGAUCGUCAUUUCAUAGUCUGAAAAUGGCUGCCGAUGGUUUCCAGUACAAAUCUCUGUAUUCCUACUGUAAGGACUGGGAGAAUGACAUUGACCUUGAGCCUGGUGAUAUCCUGAUGGUCGACAAAGCGUCUCUGCUGUCGCAGGGCUUUAAAGAGGGAGACGAGCAGCACCCAAAAUGCCUCGGCUGGAUCUUGGGCUUUAACGAGCGAACCAAACAAAGGGGAAACUUUCCAGGGACGUACGUGCAGUAUUUGGGACCUGUGAAAAUGUCAGUGCCGUCCUGCCAGCCUCGUUCUCAGAGACCGCUUCCUGCUGUUCCCAGACCUGAGCCAACAGCCUCCUCGCAGGUUGCUCCAGUCCUGGACUUGCCCAAACAGUCCACACACCCGGAAACUGCUCCUCCUUAUCUUAUUAAGCUGGUCGAAGCGAUUGAGCGGACAGGUCUGGACUCCAGGACACUAUACAGGACAUCCACUGCUUCAGCCUCUGACAGACAGAGCCCCGCUGACAUUUGUCGCUGUGCAGAGCUGCAGGAGUUGGACGUGGGACAGUGGGACAUUCAUGCACUCUCAGAGGCUCUCGUUCGGUACCUGCAGGAACUUCCUGCCCCCAUCAUCCCUCCCUCUGUUUAUACAGACCUUCAGGCAGCAGUGCAACUAGAAUCAGACGUUUCCUCCGUGAGGAGCCGAGAGCAGCUGCUGCAGGUGCUGGAGAAGCCUGAAGUUCCUCUGCAGAACCUUCUGACGCUUCAUUAUUUGCUCAAACACCUGGAGAAGGUCUGCCAGGGCGCUGCGCAGAACGGCCUCGACAUUCACACCCUCGGCCAAAUCUUUGGCCCUCUGUUGAUCAGGGGCCCUGUGAGCGGGUCAGAGGAAGAUGAGGGGUUUCCUGCGGUUGCAGUUGAGAGGCUUCUUUUGGAGAGAAUUUGGGAACAAGAGCCGACUCCUCCCGCUCUCCCUCCUAAACCGCCCAAAGCCAAAGCCAUGGCCUCAUCUGUGACCAAUGGAAACAAUGGCUUACUGAGUGAAGCUGAAUGGUACUGGGGAGACAUUUCAAGAGAGGAGGUGAAUGAGAAGUUGAGAGACACUCCUGAUGGUACGUUCCUGGUGCGGGACGCAUCAAGCAAAGUGCAGGGAGAGUAUACCUUGACCCUCAGGAAAGGAGGCAAUAACAAACUGAUCAAGAUUUUUCACCGCGGGGGGAAGUAUGGCUUCUCAGAACCUCUCACUUUUCUCUCUGUGGUGGAGCUCAUCAACCACUACCGGCACGAGUCUCUGGCCCAAUACAACGCCAAGCUGGACUCUCGCCUGCUCUUCCCUGUGUCUAAAAAUCAGCAGGAUCAGGUGGUGAAAGAGGACAGUGUGGAGGCAGUAGGAGAGCAGCUGAAGGUUUAUCAUGAGCAGUAUCAGGAGAAGAGUCGUGAAUAUGAUGUACUGUAUGAAGAAUACACACGCACAUCACAAGAGCUGCAGAUGAAACGAACAGCCAUAGAGGCCUUUAAUGAGACCAUCAAGAUCUUUGAGGAGCAGUGUGAAACCCAGGAGCGCGUCAGUAGAGAAAGCAUUGAGAAGUAUCGCCGAGAAGGCAACGACAAGGAGAUUGAGAGAAUUCAGAGCAACUCUGAGAAGCUAAAAUCCAGAGUGACAGAGAUUCAUGACAGCAAGUGUAAGUUGGAACUGGACUUGAAGCAACAAGCCACAGACAAUCGAGAGAUAGACAAGAAGAUGAACAGCUUGAAACCAGACCUCAUACAGCUGAGGAAGAUAAGGGACCAAUACCUUGUAUGGUUGACUCAGAAAGGCACCAAACAAAGGAAGAUCAACGAAUGGCUAGGUAUAAAGAAUGAAUCAGAGGACUUGUACUCUCUGUUGGAUGACGAUGACGAUCAAGCACAUCACGACGAGUGUACCUGGUACGUUGGGGACAUCAAGCGCACACAGGCGGAGGAUCUCCUGAGAAGCAAACGAGACGGCACCUUCCUCAUCAGAGAGAGCCAGACCCAGAAGGGCUCCCUCGCCUGCUCUGUAGUCGUGGAUGGAGAGAUCAAACAUUGUGUGGUUUACAAGACGGCCACGGGUUUUGGAUUUGCUGAGCCCUACAACCUUUACGGUUCCUUGAAAGACUUGGUCCUGCACUAUAAACACACCUCUCUGGUCCAGCACAACGACUCCCUGAAUGUAACCCUGGCCUACCCGGUCCUCGCACAGCAGCCGAGAUGAGCACGGCCCAGGACACACAUAUAAAGCAUGAUCAAGCACAUUAUACAGAGCAAAUUAUACUAACACCAAACUUAUAUGUUUAUGGUAGAGAACAGAUAAGCACAGUAUAUUAUCGUAAGUAUAUACGUAUGGCUUUUUUUGUAAGCCCAUAGUUUUCCGUAUCAAUCAAAGUCAGCUGCAGUAAUCAUUGUAAGAUCACAGCUACUCUGUAUUUGUUGUCCCGACACGAGAGAGAGGAAAGAGUCACGUGAUUCCACGAAAGCUCGAACUAGUGUCUAAGUCCUGGAUAUUUUCGGUGAGGACACCAUGCCAGGGACGAGAUGAGGAAUUAACCGAAAGGUGCAGCUGUUGAUAAUCAAUCUUUUAGCUGUUAUGUCACUGUGCAACUGUUUGGCAGUUCACUUCUGCCAACCAUAUGAAUAGAUUCCUCUUUAUGUGAUUUGUCCUAUAGAAGAUGUGAAACAAACCUUUUUAUUAUUACUAUUAUUAUUAUAUCAGACAUGUUCGAGGGACACUGAAGUCCUUCUAGCUUCUAAUCAGGCUCUUUAAAGCUAGUCGUCAUGCUCAGAAUAUAUAGCCAUCAACAAUUGUGUGCUUUUCUUUGAGAUAUUACACCACAGAGUUGGAAGUCUGGCUUCUUGAUGGUUUCUGUGGGCUGGUAUCGGUGCUUCCUGGUGCUUUAUUUUUGACUCUUGUAACGUGAGAAUAAUGCACAGCUAUAGCGAACUGUUAAGAUCCAGAGCAGAACAAAGGUGAUCCCAAAGCAACAAUGCACGCGUACAGGAGCUUCCACUCGCUUAGAAAGAAAGGUUUUAAGGGGAAAAGCUGGUUAUUCAACAUGCACAAGCAAAAAUGGUACAGACAACCCUCUUGUGAUUUUAAACCAGGAUAUAAUUACAGAUUUUCGAGGAAAUUAUCAGUUGGAAUAUGUUUUGUUUGUAAUAGGAAAUUAGUCCUAAUGUUUGUUGGCCGUUUUGUAACUGUACAAGCCUUAAGUGUUUCAUCCUAUGACCUCGGCGUAUAGUCAGAUGAUACAUCGUUCUGAACAUCAUGCAGUCAGCUGGGUAAGAAACGUAUGUUUAGUGAGCGAUGAUUAAAUGCUUUUUAGCAAGUAAGAACCUGAGCAGUUUUGUGCUUGCUUAUGAAGAAAGUAUAAUUAAAUGAGACAUACUUUGACAGGAAGUGGCUUUAAAGUGCCUUCUGCCCAUGUGUCCUGGAGGAGCUUUCCUGUGAUUGGGGCGGUACAGAAUGCUUCACUUCCAUAGAUUAUAUAUAUACUCCCUGCAGCCAAGUUAAGCAAAAGCUAAUGUGCUUAUCAAAUGCUUAUUAAAAAAAAAGCACAACUACAUGAUUUCUUUAUUGAAAAAACGAGGAUCAUCUCAUCAAACGCAUUCUGUUUUAUCUUUUCAAAUAAAGCGCUUUACUUACAGGUCUGUUGGGAGAAUCAAGAUAAAGAAGACUAUGAUAAAUGAAAGGACCUCUUACUUGUAAUGUUUAACAUUUAGCGUUUAAGCUUUUAAUGAGGUUUGGUCUUAACCAGUAUGCACUUUUGUCAGUUCAUUUGAGGUACUUUUUUAACCACAGGAGUCGUUUCAUCCAUUUUACAAAGUUAGUGUUUAGGCCUGUUUACACCAAGACAAAAAUUCAUUGUGAUAAAGAUUUGAAUUUGAUGAAACAGCUGAUAAUGUAUCUGAUCAGAAUGACUCAAACAUUUGCAUGCCAUCAAUGUGACAUAUAUAUAUACAUAUAUAUACAUAUACAUAUAUAUAUAUAUAGACACACACACACAAAUAGGUGUUCUUAAAGAAUAGUUGAUGCAAAAAACCUGUGUAUACACCAUCAUGUUGUUCCAAAAAUACUUGAAUUUAUUUCUUUUGUUUAACACACAAGAAUAUAUUUUGAAGAAAGUUUGUAAUCAAACAUUUGCUGGUAGCCUUUGAGUUACAUGUUUUUUUUUCUUUUUUCUUUUUACAUACUAUGGAAGUCAAUGGCUGCCGUCACCUGUUUAGUUACUAGCGUUUUUUUUUAAAUAGCGUCUUUUGUGUUCAACAGAAGAAAGAAAAUCAUAAAGGCUUGGAAUAUGAGGUGGACUAAAUGAAGACUGAAUUUAGUUUUGGUUGAAUUAAAUCCCUUUAUGGCAACCAAUAAGAUUCAGGCUUUUUAGUCACAUGCCCAGAGCCACUGCUGUUACAUUAAACUAAUUUGUUGGCACUUACAGACAAUAGUGUCUGUAGCACAGCAGGGUUUCUUCUUGCGUUUCCAUAAACGCCACCUACUCCCCUACGGGAGAGAAAUAGCAUUUUCAUUCAGCACUUUAGUUUUUUUACGCAUUGGUCUAAAUAGACAAAUUGAAUGGAAAAAUUGGACUGCAUUUUAGUUCCAAACAUGAAAUUCAUCUUGGUAUAAACAGGCCUUAAAAAAUAUAUUAUUAUUAUUAAGGCUUCAUUUUAACAGGGAAAACAAAACUGAGAUACACAUCAAUUUUUUCUAGAAAACUAGUCAAUUUAAAAUGCAAGUUGGAAUUAAGACUUAAUUAAAAUCUAGAAACUUUAAAAUAGCCUGAAUCAUUUGCUUAUGGCAUCCUCAUUUAAGAUUGAUUCUUUGUUUUCUUUCUUUCUUUUUUUGUAAAUCUGUCACAAACAUUAAAAUGGGGAAGGCUUUUGUUUCAUAAGCUUGUUUUUUGGUGUACUCUGGUUUGUUUCGUCAUUGAUGGGAUGAAGUUGUUUUGCUCUGAUGGUGUGGAGUGGAGCGAGAACAGAGACACUGGUUCUGAUUCCUUGUCUGUUCUGACUGACAGCAGGUCAUUGAGAGCACACAGAACGAGCCAGAUGUGACGAGUUUGGGUGAAAUAAAGCAGUGGAGUAAAUGCACUAUACAAGCACACCUUGAGGUGAUUUUGAGUGACAGUUAAUGAAGCUUGACAGCCUUUAUGAGCAACUGAAAUUACACAGGUAAAUGACACAUUUUAGUGACAAGCUUGUAGUGUCAGUGUGUUGUGAUCGUGCAGAAGUGGGUCUGUUCUUUGUCAAUUUUUUUUCUUCAACUCCUUUUAAAAGAGAGACUAAUUUUGUCUUUUUUUAAAAAAAAUUCUUAUUGUAAGUAAUGACAUUACGGAUUCAAAGAUAAGCUAGCUUGAAUAUCUCUCUUCCAUUUGAGUACAGUUACAAAUGUUUACAGUAUCUAAUUAACCAAAUAGAAGAUGUAUUUUCAGACAUGCUCCGUCUGGUCCUGAAAGGAGUCUGUUAGACAGGGUUUCUUGUCUUUUUUUUGUGGUUCUGUUGUUUUAAACUUGAAGAUUUUGUUUUCAUUCUUUGUUCAACAGUGCUCCCUCACCUUGCAUAUUUUCUUCUGAAUAAAAAGUUUAAUAUGUUUUUUUUAGGUUGCAGCUGUGACCCAGAGCAGGUUUGCCAGCUUUCUUCAUAGAUUUUUUUUUUUUCCCCAUAGCAGACAUAUUUUUCUUUUUCAAGUCUCAAGUUACAUAGAAUUUAUUCAAAUCCAGAAGCAAAGUUUAUAAUAAUUAUAGACUGAAUUCUAACUUCCUUCUAUAGUCUCAGUCAAGAGCAAGAACUAAAAUUAGUAGUUUUUUUUCCUCUUCCGUCUUUCGAUGACAAGAUAGUAAGAUACAGCAGGGCCAAAUAUUUUAUAGACAUUUGUUUUUGUUCUAUUAUAACAGAGAAUGAAAUACAUUUUUCAUGCAUAAAGGGUUAUGACAUAACUAUGGAGGCUUAGUUUAUAUGUCACAAUUCUGUCUUUUUUCUGGCACAUCUGAGAGGGGAAAAAGUUGAAAUUGCGUAAUAUAAAGUCAGACUUGUGUGAGAUAAACCUGCAAUUGUGAGGAAAAAAAGUUGGAAGGGCUUUUAUUGUGUUUUUUUUCCAUAGCGAAAACGCAAAACAGAAUUUUGAAUAUGAAUCCACAAUUGCAAGACGUAAACUUAGAAUUGUGAGGAAAAUAUGAGCGAGUUUAUAUCUCACAUUUCCAUCUUUUUUCCCUCAGAAUUAAACUUGAUAUAUAUAUAUUGAAGUGCCAUUAGACAUUGAGGACGGGGAGCACUGUUUGUUACCCAGUACAGUUCUACUGGAUGUUUGUGUGCACAAACUUUAUGUACAUACUUUAUUUCCUUUUACUACUUCUGUUCUAUCCAAUCUGUUUUUGGGUGCAGAUUUUUUCUGUGUACAGUUUGCAUCAGUGUUGUUUGUCUCUCAAACAGGUACACAAGCAUUACAGAGAUAUGGCUUUUUAAUAGGUAGAUGGAAUUAUUUUUAAGACAAUAAAAAGAUGGGUCUAUUGCA